AUGGGCAUCUUCAAGACCUUGUCAAAGGUUGCCGCCUACGGCACAGUAGCAGGAGCUGGAGGAUGGGCAGUCUGGACAAGAAACUCCAACUUUGUGCCUUUGUCACCUUCCGACUAUAUUUACAACACAACCUUCUAUGCUCGGAACAACCCUGAGAGAAACCCUGCAACCGCCGACUUGUGUGUACGCAAGGUACCGCUGAGCCAGAUCAGGCCCGAAUACCUUGAGAAGGAAGGAAAGCUGGUCGAGAAGUUCUGCGCCGGUGUUUGGGGUGGCCUUGGAUACGCCUACCAGCGCCAAUACCUCGAGAAGAAGUACCGUGAUGCCGACACCGAGUCUCAGUUGUGGGACACCAAGGCUCUCUUAGAAUCCGAAUACCCCGUUGGCACACAAAUCACAGAUCACUUUGAGGUGCUCACCAAGACAGCCGAGUCAAUCAUUGUUCGCUGCGGUGACUCGCCUCGCAAGAUGGAAGUCAGACCCAGCGAUGGACUGUUCGAGAUGAGAGCAGAAAUCAAGAAGGACGAGGGCGUUGCUGAAUUCCAGCUGAAGAGUGUCUUUUACCAGGGCCUCGGCAAGGCGACUGGUAAGCCCAUGCCUGCGCACAUCGAGUUCCUGCACAGACAAUAUACAAAGUUGUGGAUGGAGACUGCGAUCGGCAAUGUCACACGAUGA